AUGACGGCACAGAAGAUCGAUGGCACCGCCAUUGCGAAGACGAUUCGCGGGCGGCUGGGCCAGAAGAUCAAGGAGAGACAGGCGGUCAACCCACGAUAUAAGCCGAGCCUGAAGAUUCCAGUCGGCGACAGGUCAGACUCGACCACCUAUGUGCGCAUGAAGCUCAAGGCCGCCGAAGAGGCCAACAUCGACUGCGAGCUCGUCCACCUCCCCGAUGACACCAGCGAAGCCGACCUCCUGUACCUGGUACACGAGUACAACAAUGACCCUUCGAUCCACGGCAUCCUCGUUCAAUUGCCCCUGCCCAAGCACAUCUCUGAGCACACGAUAACGUCGGCCGUCGCAGACGAAAAGGACGUCGAUGGCUUUGGCAUCCAGAGCAUUGGCGAGCUAGCGAAGCGGGGAGGUAAGCCUCUGUUCACGCCAUGCACGCCCAAGGGAGUCAUGGUGCUGCUGCAAGAGGCGGGCGUUGACAUCAGCGGCAAGAACGCCGUUGUGUUGGGACGCAGCGAUAUUGUCGGUAGCCCCGUGAGCUACCUGCUGAAGAACGCGGACGCGACCGUGACCGUAUGUCAUUCGAGGACAGCGAACCUACCAGACGUCGUCAGGCAGGCCGACAUCGUGGUCGCCGCCAUUGGCAAAGCACACUUCGUCAAGGGAGACUGGCUCAAGCCCGGCGCCGUCGUCAUCGACGUUGGCACCAACUUCAUUCCCGACGACACAAAGAAGAGCGGACAGAGGCUGGUGGGAGACGUCGACUUUGAGUCAGCAGUCGAGGUCGCGUCGCACAUCACCCCAGUGCCGGGCGGUGUUGGACCCAUGACAAUUGCCAUGUUGCUACAGAACCUUGUCGACUCGGCAGACGCGACGUUCGAUAGACAGAAGAAGAGGAAGAUCGCGGCACUGCCCAUCAAGAUUGAAGACCCCAUCCCUUCAGACAUCGCCAUCUCCAGGAAGCAGCACCCGAAGCAGAUCACGGCCGUAGCGAAAGAAGUGGGCAUUCUGUCACACGAGCUAGAGCCAUAUGGUUCGACAAAGGCAAAGGUCGACCUAUCUCUUUUGAAGCGACUCGAGCACCGCCGCGAUGGACGAUACAUUCUCAUCGCUGGUAUUACGCCCACGCCGCUAGGAGAGGGCAAGUCAACGACCACGAUCGGCGUAGCUCAGGCUCUGGGUGCACAUCUCGGCAGAAUAUGCUUUGCCAACGUCCGACAACCCAGCAUGGGUCCCACCUUUGGUAUCAAGGGUGGCGCCGCCGGUGGAGGAUACAGCCAGGUCAUUCCCAUGGACCAGUUCAAUCUCCAUCUCACGGGCGAUAUCCAUGCCAUUACUGCCGCAAACAACUUGCUCGCCGCUGCCAUUGAGACUCGCAUCUUCCACGAGAACACACAAAAGGACGGUCCUCUGUACAAGCGACUGGUACCGGCCAAGAAGGGCAAGAGGGAAUUUGUGCCCAUCAUGUUCCGUCGUCUCAAGAAGCUCGGUAUUGACAAGACAAAUCCUGAUGAUCUGACAGAGGAGGAAAUUCGGAAGUUUGCCAGGUUGGAUAUCGACCCCGAGACCAUCACAUGGCGCCGCGUACUUGAUGUCAAUGACAGGCAUCUACGAAAAAUCACAAUUGGCCAAGCCCCGACGGAGAAGGGCCAGACCCGUGAGACUGGCUUCGACAUCUCAGUCGCCAGUGAGUGCAUGGCUAUUUUGGCCCUCAGCAAAGAUCUCUCAGAUUUGAGAGAGCGACUCGGUCGCAUGGUGGUUGCCAGCUCUCGCGCUGGCGACCCCGUUACUUGCGACGACAUUGGCGCUGGCGGUGCAUUGACUGCUUUACUCGUCGAUGCCAUCAAGCCAAAUCUGAUGCAGACACUUGAAGGCACACCUGUAUUCGUACAUGCGGGUCCCUUUGCAAACAUCAGUAUCGGCGCUUCUUCAGUACUGGCGGACAGGCUUGCUCUCAAGCUGGCAGGUACCGAACCUGAUGAGGACCACGAUGCGCAGACUGGUUUUGUAGUAACUGAGGCUGGCUUCGAUUUUACUAUGGGCGGCGAGCGCUUCUUCAACAUCAAGUGCCGCUCCUCUGGUCUCGUGCCCGACACUGUCGUCAUCGUCGCCACCGUCAGAGCGCUCAAGAACCACGGCGGCGGUCCAGACAUCAGCCCUGGCGCACAGUUGCCAGAAGUCUACCGCACCGAGAACAUCGAAACUCUCCGCGCCGGUUGCGUAAACCUUAAGAAGCAUAUCGAGAACGCUAAGCAAUACGGCGUCCCUGUCGUUGUUGCUAUCAACCGUUUCGCAACUGAUACUCAAGCCGAGAUCGAUGUUAUCCGCGAAGAAGCUAUCGCUGCUGGUGCUGAGGACGCCAUCUCAGCGAACCAUUUUGCUGAGGGUGGCAAGGGCGCGGUCGAUCUUGCGAAGGGCAUAAUCGCCGCUUCCGCGAAGCCAAAGCCUGAUUUCAAGCUGCUGUACGACGUCGACAGCGGUACAGUGCAGGAGCGCAUGGAAAUCAUCGCGAAGAAGAUGUAUGGCGCCAGCGCUGUUGAGUUCUCUGAACUCGCACAAAAGAAAGUCGAUACCUACGUUAAGCAAGGGCUUGGCAACCUGCCUAUUUGUGUGGCCAAGACACAAUACUCCUUGUCUCAUGACCCGAGCUUGAAGGGUGCGCCAACCGGCUUUACUAUUCCCAUCCGAGAUGUGCGCAUGGCUGCUGGUGCGGGCUACUUGUACGCUUUGGCAGCGGACAUCCAGACAAUCCCCGGCCUACCAACGGCACCCGGUUAUCUUAACAUUGAUGUUGAUGUCGAGACCGGGGAGAUUGAUGGCAUGUUCUAG